AAUCACUUAAAAUUAUUCUAAACCUUUGUAGUGACAUACAAAUUUUAUAUAAAAGUAACUUGCCUUUUUUCUUCCUCUUUCUGCAGGAUCAUAUGGCACCAACACCAGUUUUAUCCUUGGAGAGUAGUGAGUCAUCAGAAGAAAGUAAAGAUAGCUCAAAGGAACAGACAAAUGAAGAUAGGAUAGGCUACAGUGAUAGUACUGAAUCAGAGGAAGACAUGGGCCUUACUGAUCAAGAGUCUGUUUAUAGACUAUCUGACAGCUCCUUUAAGAGUGGAGGAAAAGAUGAUGAUAAGAAUGAUGAUGAAGAUGACAGUGGAGAUGACACUUUUGUUGAUAUAGACAAUGGUCAAGGGUCCAGGGAAAGACAUCAACAAGAAGGUGAAAACCUGUGGCCUGGAAGUGAGGAUGAUUCUGACAUGACUCUACACAACGGAAAUAGGGUUGCCGAUGGGAGUCAUGCUGUCAGUGAUGAAAGCAGUCAGAGUGAGAGCAGAAGCCUUGAAGAAGAGAAUGAAAGUCAUAAGGUCCAUAAUAGUGAUAGUGAUGAAUUCACUGUAGAAGGAAGUAAACAAAGCUCCAGCAACUCCAGAGAUGAUUCUUCAUUUGAUGAUGAAGGAAUGCAAGGUGAUGAUGCAGACAUUGUUGGUAGCAUGAAAAGCAAUUCCAGAAUGAUUAAUUACAGGAAAAAAAAGAUUAACAAGACAAAGGGUCAGAAAGGGAGUAGACAAGAUUCUGAUGUGAGCCAAUUGGUGGGACCACUUGGCAGGAAAUCCUUCCAAAAGGCACGCAUCUCAGAGGAGGAUGACUGGGAUGAAACCAAUGAUAGCAAUACCAUGGAAGAAGCCAUGAGUGACUCCGCAGAAAAGAGCCAAUCCCGUGAAAACAGUCAAUCCCAUGAAAACAGUCAAUCCCGUGAAAACAGUCAAUCCCGUGAAAACAGCAAAUCCCGUGAAAAUAGCAAAAGCAAAUCCCAAGAAGACAGCAACAGUCAGUCUCAGGAAGAUAGCCAAAAUAUGCUAGAUCUCAGCAGUGACUCCAGACAACAUGAUGAUGAUUCUCAUGAAAAGCAAAGUAAAUCCCAGCAAGAGAAUGAAAAUGUUUCACGGGGUGAUAACCCUGACUCUGAUGGAGAGAGUGUUGGCCUUUCUGAAGUUAAUAAGGAAGAUAGUAAUUCUUCUGAAGAUAGCAAUCUAACCCAGUCCUCCAAAUCAGAAAGUGAAUCCUCAGAGGAACAAAGCAACAGUAAAUCUAAUGAGAGCAUGAGCCCCUCUGAGGAAAGCAAAGAGUCACCUCAGGAUGAAGACAGUUCUAGUCAGGAAAGCUUCCAGUCUCAGAGCUCAUCAGCAGAAAGCCAAAGUGUCUCCAAGGAGGACAGUGGGGAAAGCAGUUCUGAACAGUUGCAAGGAGAGGGAAAUAGUCAAUCUAAAGAAGAUGCCAGGGCAUUUCAGGAAAACAGUAAGCUAAAAGAAAAUGUGAAUUCUAGUGAAAGUACAUCAGAAAGCCUGUCCAGAAGCAUUGAGAUAGAAAGUAGAAAGCUGGUAGUUGACACUUAUCAUAACCGACCAACUGGAGACCAUGAUGACAAUGACUGCCAAGAUGGUUAUUAGCUUUAGCUCAAAAGUAUAUUUUUAUAAAAGGGAGGAAGAGAGAGGCAGAAGUUGGGGUGCUUUGAUUUAUUCAUCCUACCAAGCUUAGGAUGACCUGGACUUUUAUUUCUUUUGGAAGAUAAUUAAUGAGACAUCGUAGUCAUUUGUAGGAAAUUACUCUUCCAUAGAAGAUCACAGAAUGUGAAAUGGCUUGAGGACUAUCCAUGAUAGUAUAAACAAGAAAGGAUUUUGUAUUAUUGUUUAUAGCUUGAGUUUUGAAGAAAUGCCCUAAAAUGAGGAUUCUUUCAUAAGUGAGUUUUAAGUGAUUAAAUAUUUGGUUGGAGAAAACAUUAAAAAAUUAUAGGAUAGUUGUGUUUUGGUUUAAAUGAACAAGACUUCUUUUUGCUGACCAUUUUAUCCUUUACAAAGGGUUCUCUGUAAAACAUCAAUGUUGAAAGGAAUUAUGCUGAACCACUGGUGUGUGGGAAUGGGUUGUGAAAGUCACUAAGAUUCUCUUUUAUUUGUUAAAUUGUGUGUUUAACAUAAUUUGAACUUGUGUUCCUUAAUUUGGAUUAUGUGCAAUGCCAGCAUUAAACUCUGUGAUCAGCUGUAACUUUUGCUCAUAGCAAAUAAAAGCUGUGUAUAUAGACUCCAACUGAACUUGUUAUGUAUACUUUGGAAUGUUACCUCAACACAGGAUAUAUUUAAUGUUUUGUAAUAAAGGUAAUAACAUCCAAAAAUGGUGCAUGCUGUACCUUUCUUACACUGAUGAUUAUCCACAUGCUUUUUAAUUUAAUGAACACUUUGUUUUGCUCCUGUUUUAAAGAAACAAUUACUAUUUAUUAUUAAAAACAGCUGUUACUAAUUGUUACUAAUAAUGAUGUUUCUAAUUGCUCUCACACAAAAAUUUUCACUUAAAUUCAGAUAAUUUAUUGGUUUUGCCUUGUAAGUAAUUAUGCAUUUUCCACUAAUUUUUAAAUAACUUCCAUCCUAAUGCUGUCCUUGAAUAGAAUAAUAAAAUAGUAUGUUAACUUAUUUUAUACCAGACCAUACAGGUUGAAAAAAGGAUAAAAUUUCAACCUAU